AUGUCGAAUGGUUCUCGUACAAUAACAAUAUCUUCCAUUGCUCCUUUAACUACUAAUGACUGUGGAGAUGAACUAAAUUCUCUUCACAAAAAUAGUACUGAUCACAUUAUUACUUUAACGAGAAGUUCUUCACAUGGAAAAUCUAAUUCUAUUUGUAGUCGACUUGCGAAAGUCGUGCAGAAAUAUAACUUUGUUAAUGUAGAAGAACGUGGUAUCGAACGUGUUUUACCACAGCAUCGAACUGAUUCAAAAAUAAUUAAUACAGGAAUGAUAUGGGUUGGUGCAAAUAUAAUUAUUCCAUGUUUUGCUAUGGGUACACUUGGUUCAGCUGUGUUCAAGUUAGACUUAUAUGAGUCAUUUGUUACAAUAAUACUAUUCAAUAUAAUUGGUAUUAUUCCGAUAGCAGCAGUAGCUUGUUUUGGCCCAGCAUCAGGUUUACGUACAAUGGCUUUUUCUCGGUACAGUUGGGGUUACUAUGGUGCUUCGAUUAUGGCAUUUCUUAAUGUACUUAACGCACUUGGUUGGGCUGCUGUGAAUAGUACAACUGGAGCUCAAGCAUUACGUGUCGUAACAGAUGAUAAAUUACCUAUGGCGACUGCAAUUAUUAUUAUAUGUAUAUUAUCAAUGUGUAUUUCAUUUGUAGGUUAUAAAUGGAUUCAUACAUAUGAAAGAUAUUCAUGGAUACCAGUUUUUAUUGGCUUUUGUAUUGUAGCGGUAGUUAGUACAAAAUAUAUGACACAUUCUUCAAUGACACCUGUAAACGCAAUUACAGCAGAUAAUAUUAAUCAUUGGAAUAUUUUUGGUAUAAUAAGUUUCGGUACAUUAUGUCUUGGCACUGCAAUUAGUUGGUGUUCAUUUUCAGCUGAUUAUAAUACAUAUUUUCCUGAAAAUACAAGUCAAUUUAAAAUCUUUUUCUUUACUUAUAUGGGUAAUUUUCUCUCGAUGAUUCCAAUAGAAUUACUUGGUGCAGCUGUUUAUACAGGGACAUAUACAAAUAAAAAUUGGUCUCAAGCCUAUGAAAAAAAUAAUGUCGGUGGAUUACUUGGUGCUAGUUUAUUAUCGCUAGGUAUUUUUGGUAAAUUUAUACUUAUUUUAUUUGCAUUAUCAACUGUUGCAUGUAAUAUUCCAAAUAUUUAUUCUUUAUCAUUAUCAUCGCAAGUAAUCGCGUCAAUAUUCGAGCGUAUUCCACGAAUUUUAUAUAUUAUUAUUGGCAGUAUCAUUGCUGCAAUAUUAGGUAUUGCUGGUGCAAGUAAUUUUAAUAGUGCAUUAACAUCAUUUACGGAUGUUAUUUCCUAUUGGUUCUCAAUAUUUAUUGUUAUCCUAUUUGAAGAACAUUUCAUAUUUCGACGUUGUUCAUAUCGAAAUUAUGAUUUUAAUAUAUGGAAUAAUCGAAAAGUAUUACCAAUUAGUAUUGCUGCAAUUUUAUCUGGUCUAAUUGGAAUUGUUGGAAUUAUACUCGGAAUGUCACAAACUUGGUAUCAAGGUUUAAUUCCUAAAGCUAUUGCAAUAAAUAAUAAUGGACAUAGUCCAGAUCUAGGAUUUGUAUGUGGAUUUCUUUUUACAGCAAUCACUUUUCCUAUAUUUAGAUUUCUUGAAUUACAUUUUAUUAAACGAUAA